AUGGCUAAAGGAAACAGUUCGGCAGUGUCUGAUUUUAUCCUCUUGGGUCUCACAGAUGACCCAGAGCUGCAAGUCAUCCUGUUUGGUGUGUUCCUAGUUAUCUACUUAACUAGUGUUACAGGAAAUCUCGGAUUGACUGCGUUGAUCCAGGUCAGCCCUCCACUUCACACACCCAUGUAUUUCUUCCUCAGCCAUUUGGCUUUUGUUGAUUUCUGCUAUACCUCUUCCGUCACCCCAAACACCCUGAUAAAUUUUCUGCGUGAAGUCAAAAGUAUAACCUUUUAUGCAUGUGCCACUCAGGUGUUCUGCUUCAUCACAUUUGUAGUUUGUGAAAUGUAUUUGCUCUCCAUCAUGGCAUAUGACCGAUAUGUGGCCAUCUGCAACCCUUUAUUGUACAUUGUCCUCAUGCCAAGAAAGCUGUGUCUACAAAUGAUUGCUAGCACAUACAUGUAUGGGUUCACUGUGGGUCUUGCCCAGGCACUGGCCACAUUCCACUUGUCUUUCUGUGGCUCCAAUUUGGUCAACCACUUCUACUGUGAUGAUGUUCCCUUAGUUGCUCUGGCCUGUUCAGACACUCAUAUCAAAGAGCUGAUGUUGCUAGUCAUUGCUGGGUUCAAUACUCUUUGUUCUCUGGUCAUUGUGGUAAUUUCUUACAUCUUCAUUCUUUUUGCCAUCCUGAAGAUUCAUUCUGCUGAUGGACGAUGGAAAGCCUUUUCUACCUGUGCCUCCCAUCUGACUUCCAUCACGAUUUUUUAUGGUACAAUUAUCUUUAUGUAUCUGCAGCCCAAGUCAAGCCAUUCUCUGGAUACAGAUAAAUUUGCUUCAGUGUUUUACGUGGUAGUGAUUCCCAUGUUAAACCCAUUGAUCUAUAGCUUGAGAAAUCAGGAGGUAAGAAAUGCCCUGAAGAGAAUUCUUGAAAAGUUGCCGUUGGCUGUCAAAUAA